AUAGAAAGUAUAAAGUGCUUACGGAAAAGUUUAAAAUCAGAGUUUGAGGUUUCAUUACUAACUUGUUUAGACAUUAAUGUCAUUUCGAAACACUUGGUGUAAGCUAAAUAUUGAGUCGGUACCAGAGUAAUUAAUAAUCGUGGAGUAAUUCGAGUACGUUUUCGAGAGUUCCUAGGUUCUAUAUUGUUUUUCUAAAAUAUCUCGAAAAAACAUGUAUUUCAUUAAUGCAGAAACGUUUCGGAGUUUACUCAUUUCAUGCUGUUUAUGAUUGUAGUUCUAUUAACAUCGGUUUCUUCCGGUUCCACCCUUUGUCCGCAAGGCGAACUAGCAAUCUACAAGGUCACCAUGGAGACUGACUGGUCAUUGGAAAAAUUUCCUAAGCACUACCCAAGCUGGAGACCACGCGCCCAGUGGUCCAAAGUCCUUGGUUGUACACAUAACCAAUCUUUCCGCCUCUGGAAGCUGGGAGAUCUGGCCUCCGAAGGACUAAAGCUAUUCGCUGAAACCGGGAACUCCAAUAAUCUAGUGGAUCACCUGUCACAAGGGAGGGGAGGGAUUUUCGACGUCUUUUCUGCACCAGCAGUCUUUACGGGCGUUGGAACAACCGAAGGAACUGUCUUUCUUGAUGGGAAUCACUCCAAGGUGUCGCUGAUAUCAAAGAUAAUUCCAAGCCCUGAUUGGUUUGUCGGAGUUGACAGCCUGGAAUUAUGUCCUAAAGGAGAAUGGGUGGAACAAGCACGAAUUGGAGUAGGCCCGGUUGAUGCUGGAACGGACGCCGGAUUUACGUUCACAUCUCCAAAUUGGGAGCUCAAACCGAGACUAAAAAUAUCUCAAAUCACGGCUCACCAUCCCAGCCAUCCAGCAAAUUCUUUUUAUUACCCAGCUCUGCGGAAAUUACCACCUCUAGCGACCUUCAAGUUCGUGAAGGUCAACCUUUAUAACCUCACUAUAGACGUAAUGAACACUCAAUCUGUUAAACAGGAAACUGUGAACCAAGAAACCAAUGACGACAACCAGGGGGCGGUUAAAGUCAUUGAUUUGUCUAAUGAUAAUAGCCAAAAUAUCAUAGAAAAAUCAGUUGAAACUAUCUCCAGAAAUGUUCCAAACCUACAAUUGUCAGAUGAACCUAAAACAACCAAACUUCUUAAAGAUAAAGGAAUGAAGAAGCGAAAGAAGAAACUUCUGUUUAAAGAACUACGUCAAAAUCGACCCCGACCUUGCAAGGUUAGCGAAUGGUCAAACUGGAGUGCCUGUUCGAAAUCGUGUGGCUUUGGACAAAUGACCAAAAUCAGAAAAAUCAUUAAAAGUCCUAAACGUGGAGGAAAACCUUGCCCCAACCUGGUCGCCACCAGAUGGUGUGGCAGUGCUAGAAACUGUCGCCCAUUGGGUGCUGGCUAUUUUAUGUGGUGAUUAACUCUAAUCCAGCACUGCUGGAAAUUGUCAUGCUUUUGUGGUAGCAAUUUUUGUAAACUGCAAAACAGCUAAAUGUUGCUAGAGUUUCAAGAUAAAUCACCAUAUAAUAGAACAUACUUCUGGUCUUCACCACUAGAGUGCCUAAUGGAGACGUGGUAGUUGAUCACAGGAGCUAUCCAGUAUCUUUCAGCGAUUGCUGUACAUUCAAAAUAACUAUAAGAAAUUGUAAUAACUUGUAUAAUACAAUGAAUAAAAUGUUGAAAAUCAUUUUAUGAAAA